CCGAGGAAGCCACGACAGGCGUUGUGACGGGCGUCCGACAUCAGCCAGCACAUGGUGAGGACAAAGCGGUGAGGCUCAAGAGACAGCGCAACGAAUGCGGCCACGCCCCAAUGCACCGAACUGCGAGCAUCUCCCGUCCGCCAGAUGGCCCACGCUCAGAUCUUCACUCCUCUCGACGGGCAUCUGCAGCCGGUCGAGCUCAUAGACCUCCUCCGCACGCGCCCAGCGCGCCGGCAGACGAGCAUACCCAGCCUGACGGGCAGCAUAUCAGGCCAGGUGGUCAUGCUCAGGCUGAUUACUCGAUAGCUCAUGGGCCCAAUGUCCCCGCUGUCGGCUACAGCGCGCCUAUGAUGACCUCGACAGAUCUGAGCAAGUCGAGCAGCUCAGAUUCUGGCUACAAUUCUCACACAGUGAACGGGCACGCGCCGAGCAUGAAUGGUAACGGCUCGCUACCUCUGCCGAAUACAGCCAACCGCUCCACCGGCGGCAAAAUGUCCAAGCUGGGCUUACCAGGCUUGGGCGGGACGCGAUGGAAGAGAACGCCCAACAGCUCGGCAGAUUAUGGCUACCAGCAUGUUCCCAACGGCGUCGCAGAAACGAUCAGAGAUACUUUCCUCGUCCCUGCCCAGCAAGCGGGAACGGGUUGGACGCGUCACCAAGCUGCGGCCUCCAUUGGGCCGAGCUCGAGCAAAUCAUCUUGGCUCAACCUGCUGAGUGCGCGUGCGCGUGUCACCAAUCUCGCUGUUCUCGUCCUUGGUGCAAUCACAAUGGUCUCGCUCAUUGUGAACAUCAGUCACUUUAGCGCCAUCGAGCAUGAUCUCAGCGAUGACCUCAAGACGAGUCGGAUACCCCUCUCGAUCAGAUCGACUCUUCAGCCAGCAGCAGUUCAACUACGGCACAUGAUCAUGGUGCCAGGUCAUGCCAUCUGGACAGGUUCAGAUGGUCUGAGAGCCUACGAAGACUCUCAGUGGGUCCUGGAAGACAUGCAAAAGGGCGGUCACGUCAAGACGUACGUUAAGCACAUCGCUCGUGCCGUCGAUCUGGCAAUUCAGGAUCCGCUCUCGCUGCUCAUCUUCUCGGGCGGUCAAACUCGUCCGACCACGCAGAUGACUGAGGGGGCUUCCUACUGGCGUCUUGCCGAGGCCCUCAAUCUGUACGAGCAAUAUUCGCUUCAGCACAACGCGACACAAGGCGGUACGCAAGAGCAAGUAGCUGCGCUCAAAGCGAUCAUACCUCAUCCGUUCCCGCGCGCCGUCGUAGAAGACUACGCGCUCGAUUCGUACACCAACCUGCUAUUUGCGACUGCGCGCUUCAAGCAAUUCACCGGCCAUUACCCGACGCACAUCACCGUCGUCGGCUAUGGUGCAAAACAGAAGCGCUUCUCUGAUGUCCAUCGUGUUGCCAUGCGAUGGCCUCAGUCCGCUUGGACUUACAUACCCAUAGACGACGAUAAAGAGACGGGCGCUCUUUACGAGGGCGAGCGCCUGCACGGUCUGUUGCCAUAUCAGAACGACAUCUAUGGCUGUCAUACCGAGCUGUUAGCCAAACGAAAGAAGCGCAAUCCGUAUAGACGCUUCCAUCCGUAUCACGUCUCAAAUCCAGAGCUCGACAAGCUCAUGGAGUGGUGUCCAGACGAUCCAACGCAAAUCUAUACCGGCUCAUUACCUUGGUCGCAGAUGCAUUAGACAAGGAGGCAUUCUGUCAUCUGUUGUAGCCUGUAAACACAUGUCUUCAUCUUCAUGUCGUCGUGAUCGCUCGCUUUCGCUUCUUGCUGCUCGCCGCAAUUUGCUCGCGCACGGCCUGCUCAGAUAGAUCUCCACCCUUUCGCACGCUGCUUUCGAAGAACUCUUGCGUCUUUGCUGUCUCUUGCUGUCGUCGUAUGUAUCCAAGCGCGGCAGCGUUGUAGCCGAUCAAGCCCUGAUCCUUUCUCAGCCUCUUCGAAGGUGGGCCAAAGCAGGC